AUGCUGGUGGAAUGUUCGGAAAUAAAGUACCAUGCUGGUCGCAACGGAGCGUCAAUACAGCCUUCUUGUGACGAAACAACACCCGACAAGGUGCAGAACGCUUUGACGGAGAGUAGUGUUGUCUCACGCAAUUCUCGAGAUCACCCACCGUCGCACCAAGAUUACUUCUCCGCAACGGGGUGGAGACGCACAAAAUUGGACGGGAAGCCGCCACAGCAACUUAAUCAUCUAACGGAUUCCAGUCUUUCACCCCCGCAGAGGUUGACAUUAACUAGGUGCUCUAAGGGUGUUUCAGUGAGACGUGCCGUGCCCUCCGCUGCCGCCACCAACUCUGUCGAGGCCGCCACCGUCUCCAAGACACAUAUGAAGGUUGAAGCACAGGUAGGCCAGGUCCCGGCUGACUUAACAACUCACGGUGGUAGCGGCAACCAUGCUUACAACGGUAUGAGGGCCAGUGAGGCACUCAGGAGUAUGCAUGAGAGGUCAGGGUUGUUGCUUGAAAUGUCUCGCAACAAGUUUCCGAGGGCCAACCAGGUGAGGCGGGCGGCACAUUCCAGAUCAUCCAAAAGCAAAGUCCGUCAUACCUCUGCACCCCCAUCAGGAGAUUAUUCACGCUCCGGUUUGCCGGAGAAACGAUUUGGUGGCCCUGCGUGGGGCUCUGGGAACGAUGAGGAUAGCGGCAAGUCCACUGUUGCCGGCCGUAUAGCCACCCUCAACGCCGAUGGGGACUCCAAACUGGUUGUAUUGCAGUCCGAUACGAUCCGGCGUGACGGCGAGAGGGUUGACCGUGGGGCCCCAGCUGGCGGCUCGAAGGUGAUGUUGCGUCGCGGUCGUGCGCUCCCCCCAAGUGAUUAUUUUUGGCAACACGAGCGGCAGAUGCGGCCCCGGGCCCAGUUGCACGCGGCUGACGCUUUCCAGCGCGCGAAUGCCGACGUGGCGACCGUCCCGCAACUUCUGACGGAGCAUCCCGCACUGCCGCAGGUUUUGGAGGCCGCGCUUGCUGAUCACUAUUUGGCAUCGCUGAUGACGUGCCCGGCGUCCGAGACGGAACGCAUUUUGUCAGUUUUUACUGCAGGUGACGCAAAGGAAGUGUUAAAUUUUCUCCGUCGGACGUACGGCUGCGGCUCUGCUGGCACUCUUAGCAACGGUGCUGCGUCUUUGAUUGCCAAGGGACCGCAGCAGCAACAGGAGACGGCCCGGCCAACUGAAGCGCCAUCCCGACGUCGAAGGAAGCCUAGUGGCACAGUGCGGACCAUCAGGCGUCACAACGUUUCAUGUGCAGGCGAGUCACCGGGGUUUGUGUCGCCGCCUCCAAAGCAUUUUCGGGCCUUUUUAAAGCACUUCACCGCGGAGGUUUGCAUGUCGUUUAUGGAUGAGGUCUGUAUUCUGUGUCGUGCUCGCAGCGACAGGGUUUGGGCGGAGUCGCGAGCGCUACUGCUCCCCGAAGAGGCCGUCGUCUCGCACUAUGAACAGGAGGUAUCGUCACUGCUCACGCGGAUACUGGCGUGGACGGAGAAGGAGUUUGCUCGUGUGGUGCCUGUGGUGGCGCGGUUGGCGAAGCAGUACCUGUUUCUUACACGCCGCGAAGGUGGUAAUGUUUUACAACCCCAAUAA